AUGAACGUUCUUCUCGCGAGAAGACUGAUGAGGCCCGAUGUUCUGAGGAGAGCGAUUUCGACGUCGCCGGUGUUCUUUGAUGCUUCUGCACCUGCGGCGAAGCCCAACAGCGAUGGCUCCAAGAGUUCAAGUGGUCCCUCCAAGUCCAACAAGGGCCGACUGAACAAGACACGCAAGCCGUCGUUCAACUCAAAGGCGGCGAGGCCCGAGAAGCCGGGGAGGGGCCGGAGUCUCUCCAACUCGCGAAAACCGAAUCGGAAACCGAGGCGAGAGGACGACGAGGAACGGCUGUCGAAGGAGGUCAGCUUCAGGGAUGGGGUAUCACAAUACGGACUGAAGAAGCCAGGUUCAGAAAACGGGCCGCGAAAACCUUGGAAGGAGCGGCCAGCUGCAGUCGCAGCAGGCGCUGCUGCAGCUGCUUCGGGUGCUCGGGCUUCGGCUGCCCUUCGGAGCGACUCCGCAAGCGAGGAGGAGAAGGAGCGGCGGAUGUUGGACGAGGCCAUGGCCGCCGAGGAUGGCUAUACUCGGAAUGCUCCCGAUGUUGAGGACCCACUUGUUGCCGUCGAGGACAUCUUCGAGCCGCUCGAGAAAUCCGUGCUCGCCGCCUCGGACGUCAAGAUUGUCCCCGUGAAGCCGCCGCGCGACGCUCCGGUGGCCCGCCUCAACAAUCGCCUGCAGCGGGUGCUCUUUUCUCCCGGAGUGCACCACAUGCGCGACCCGAGAACAGGCGUGUUCAACUUCGACCAGGCUUUGGAGCGUAUCCCGACACCAGAGGAGUUCGCGUUUCACCGUUUGCCGCAGUACAUCACCGCCAGUCAGGACCCGGAGCUCACCGGCAUGGCGACCACCAACAACACGCGGUAUACCGGAUCAACGAGUACCUUGACGCAGUCUCUCAGCCAGAUCUACUUCACCCUCUCGAACGCUCGACCAGUCGACACCUCCACCCUUUCCGCCGAGUUCCAGGAGCAGCGACCUGACUUCACUGCCGGUGCUCAGCUUCCUGCCCUCAUCAACAUUCGCCUGCAGGAGAACGGGACGUAUGCUAUCGACAACGACAAGACACACAGCAUUGAUAACAAUGUUCUGUCCGACUAUGGGCGCAUUCUGGAGAAGCAGCUCACGGCAUCGCCCGAGGACUUCAAGCGCUUCCUCAACAGCGCUCCCGAGAGCGCCGUUCCGGAGUCUGAGCGUACUGAGCGGGAAGCCUAUGCCUACAGCAAGAGCGGUAAGCUCCUCAUGCGUUCCCAACUCGACUGCCAGGAUUCAAGAUUGCCGGGCUCCGGAACUUUCGAUAUCAAAACCCGCGCCUGCUUCCCUAUCCGCCAGGAUCGUGCGAACUGGGAGAAAAACGCUGCUUACACCAUCUACAAGCAGCACGGAUUCCAGGAGUCUUUCGAGCGCGAAUACUACGACCUCUCGCGCAGUGGUAUGCUCAAGUACUGCUUCCAGGCGAGGAUCGGACAGAUGGACGGUAUCUUCGUGGCGUACCACAACACGCGGACGUUCUUCGGCUUCCAGUACCUGUCGCUGGCCGAGAUUGACCGUGUGCUGUUCGGGUCUACGGAGAUGGCCGACCAGGUGUUCCAGCUCUGCGUGGGCUUGAUGGAGAAGCUUCUCGACAAGGCCACGGACCUGUUCCCGAACGAGUCGGUUCAGAUGUCACUGCGUCGCCAGGCUAUUCAGCGCCCCGAUGGCACCAACGAGCUAAUCGCUGUUGUGCAGCCCGUCGGCGGCGCGGAUCGACCUAAGCGAGCGCUCGCGCUUCGCGUCCAGAACGUCCUUGACGGCAAGCCAGUCUCGGCGGAAGCUCUCAAGUUCUCCGAGAACCCUGAAGUGCGCAAGCAGCAGCAGUGGGCCGUUAACUACACGAUCGCCAUCUCGCCGGAACACUUCGACGGGCAGGAAGCGGUUCAGACGGAGUGGAACACUGUUGUCGGUCUCCUUACGUCGAUGAACCACCUCUACAUCCCCGACGGCAAAACGCGUAAGGAGAUGUACUUGGAGGACGGAGCGAAGCUGGGAGCAUCGGCCACUCCCCCGAAGAAGAGUGACGACGACGACUCGCUCUUCGGUUCCGAGGACAUCGUCGAGGGUCCUCGGACUCAGUGGCGUCUUCCCAGCAAGCGCAUUGCCGCUAUCCGCGCUAUGGCCCAGCAGUCGGGCCGACAAGCUGCCGUUCGCGAGAUUUCGUGGCCUCAGAGCAGGGAUGGAGACAGCUGGUCCCCAGAACCUAAAGGACUGACCGAGGCUGAGCAAGCGGAGUGGGACGCGAAGGUCGCGAAGGAUUUGAAGGAGCUUCUCGACAGGCACCACGCCGAGAAGAUUGAGUACUUCGCUGCCAAGAGGGCAGCUGCGCAAGCGAAACGGGCUAAGGACGCGCCUCACUUUGACGCCCGGGAUGAAGAGGCAGACAUCGCUAUGGAAGCAUCCCGGAAAACCCAGGGGCAGAAGAAGGCGCCCUCCAAUACAGGGAAGAAGAGCGAUGCUGAGCCGGAAGUACCUGUAGUUUCUUGCGCCUGGCCCAGAUUAUAG